AUGGCCCCCACAGAAUGCCCACUGUGUUUCAAGAGCUUCCCGCGCGAAACAGUGGAGCACCAUGCAUACACCUGCAACGGCCCAGAGGAUAUACAGGUCACCUCCAUACCCAAUGUGGUGUACGAUAUCACGGCCAAGAACGCGGAUGGCAACGAUGGCGCCAUGCGAGACUAUGUGUACUGUGCGAGUGAGGUCGACAUCCACCCCUCCGGGAACUCACAGGACCAUAUACCUGGUGAACUAUCCCUAUACAAAAUCGAGCAGGCCUUGCACCUCCAAUGGCAACCGGUGGAGCCCGAGUGCUUUGGCGACGACUUCGACGACGAAGACAUAUCAGACCUCACACAGAGCAAUGUGUGGCAAUCCAUACAGCAGCGAGACGCACAGGCGUACUCGUUGGAUAUGGCUGUACUUGAGUUACAAAGUAUACGGAAGAACAUACCUACCAUUGGAUUCUCCAAUGUCGUGUUGCAG